CUUGUUUACAAUAAUUAUUUAGCAAUGGCGGAAAGGGGAGUGGAUGAGGAUAAUCCAUUUUCAUUUAAAGCUUUUGUAAAUGUUAAAGACAAGAAGACAGCCAAAUCUGGCAACAGUUUAUUUUACGACACUGAUGAUAUAUUUGAUGCAAAUGACAAAAGCUUAUCAAAUAUAUCUAGCAAAAAAGAUAAUUUGGCUGACAAACCAACAACCAAAACAACAAAUUUAAAUGGAGCCACUGCUCCAACACUAGCAGCAGAUAAAAAAGAUCUGCAAAAAGAUAAUCCCUUCAGUUUCAAAAAAUUUUUGUCGUCCGGAUCGACCAAACAGAAAAAAAGUAGCGAGCCAACAUUUCUUCCCAAAACUAAAGACAUUCUAACUGCUAGUGAUGACCUGUUCCAUGAAGACAUUGACUUCAACCAAGAUGUCUAUAGUAGAUCUCACCACCAGCAUUCUAGGAGCCCCAGUGAAGACUUAAAUAGAGACUUCACCAAAGGGAAUAAAAAUAAUCCUAUUCCUUGUGAUCUUCUAGCUGAAUCAAGGCUAGACAGUUCUUUAGAUGAACAUCUAAAUAUUACUCAUGACUCGCAGAGUCCAUUCUUGGAUGAACCUGCCGAAGGUGUCCUCCAAACUUUGCCUCUCCAUGACAAAAAACAAAAGUUGCCUUUGGCUUUACCAGAUUUCUUAUCAGAUGGAGCUGCCAUGAAGUUUCCUCUAGAUAAAAAAGACAUUGUGCAAAAUGAGGAAGAACUGCUGGAAAGAAUAAAAAUUUUACAAGAAGAAAAAGAAAUGUUAAGAAAGGAACUUGCUAGAGAAAAACUCAUGAACAAUGAAAAAAGCCAGAGAUUAUUACAAUUGUCCAUUGACUUGGAACAGCAAAAGAAAAAAGAAGCUGAGGAGACGGCUGUUUUAGAGAAAGCUGUUCAACAAGUGGAAGAAAAUCUUGUUACCACUACAAAAAGAGCAGUUCAAGCUGAGGCCAAUGUUAGUCUGUUGAAAAAAGAAAAUAAGAAGCUACAGUCCCAACUCAACUCUCUCCUUCAGAUGAAGGAGUCAUUUAAAAGCGAGGACAAAGGUUUAGCUGAUAUUAAAGAAAGAACCAAAUAUACCUCAGAACAGUUAUUGUCUGCCUCAGUUAUGGCAGAGAAAAAUAUCAAAGAACUGAUGGCAGGAGUGGACAAACUUAAGCUGCUAUCACAAGUUUUGGCUUCUAUUGACAAAAUCUCAGAUUCUUCCCAUGAUGUCUCCCCUGAACAAGAUCAGACAACAUAAUUCUUUGUUGUAGCAUUAUCUGUACAGUAUUAGUGUAUAAUAAAUAUAAAUAAAUUUUGUUAAUAUAGGA